AUGUCGGAGCAGGAAGCCGUGAAGGAGGCCGUGGAGGGCCAGGAGCUGUCGGCCGAGGGCAAGUCCCGGUUCGGAACCAAGGAGAAGCUCAUCAAGGAUCUGACGGCCAAGCUCGAGGAGUCCAAGAACCUGGAGGAGCAGUCGGUCAAGCUGCGCGAACAGGCCGAGGCCCUCGCCGAGGAGAACCCAGAAGAGGCCGAAAAGCUGCGCGCAGAGGCGGGUGAGCUCGAGGCCAAGGCCAAGAAAUUGAUCAAGACGGCUAGGCGGAUGCAAAAUGGGGCCUUUCAGGGCGGCGCUGCAGGAGCAGGCAUUGGGGCCGGUAUAGCUGGCGGUCUUGGAACCGUGGUCGGCAGUCUUGUGGGAGGAAUCGCGGCGAUACCGACGACGGGCUUGGGAAUAUUAAUCGGAGCUGGUACAGGUGCCAUUCAUGGACCCUGGGUCAAGCUCGUAAAAGACACUGUGCAAGAGGAGGAUGAGAAGGCCGAGAAAGGUGAAGACAGCAGCGAUGGAGAAGAGUAA